AUGUCUCGUGCCGCAAAGUUCACCUUAGCAGCUACCGGUCUGGGAACCGUGGGAAUUGUCUGGUUUGUGCACUGGGCGCAAGAGGCGGACCGAGCGGCGAUGCACAGAGGUGUGGAGCGAGACAUGGAGAAGCAGCGAGUCCGACAAGAAAGACAGGCCGAAUUCGAGUUGCAGAAGCGAUUACAAGAGGAAUACUUGAAGCUGCAGACUGUUUCUAGCACAACCGAUGACCAAAGUCCAGCAAGUCAACAUCCGAACACGGGAACAUGA